GCUGCCUGCGCCCAGCCUGCGACGACUGGUACUUGCGCAUCCAUCCUGCUUUGUCCGUGCCGAGCACUCAACAAAGCCGCUGCACCCAAACACUGCCCAAGACUGCGAACCCCUUGUCUGCCUUUUGCCUUGCUCUGGCGCUGCCCGUCUGCUUGUCCAUCGAGGUACAGGCACUUUGUUGCCAGCCUCAUAAAUAAAGAUGCGGGCCCUCCGUAUUGUUCCUCCCCCUCCGUGCCUGCCCCUCAAGUCUGUUGCUGUGGUUUCCUGGCAUACAAUCCCAGUGCCGUAGAGUGGUUGCAACACAUCUCGCCCGGAUUGCAACUUCCCAAGCAGUCCUCACAUGACGACAACCCCCCUGCGCACACCAACCCUGCCGCUGCUUCUGCUGCAAGACCGCCUUUCGAGCUUUGUAUAAGUCGCAUCCCACCACACAUCACCAGGGCAGCGCUCUGCCUCACAGCAUGGGAGCCGCUCCCUCCGUCCCGCGAGACCGCUCGCGCAAGCUCCAGGUCAUUGGCGCCGGAUAUGGCCGCACCGGCACCACCGCUAUCUCCUUGGCCAUUGAGAAGCUCUACGACGGCCCUGUCAUGCACGGCGGCACCCAGAUGAUCGGCCGCGAAGAUGCAUACAUGAAGAAGCUCGUUGACCUGCACAAGACCGGUACCAACAAGCACCGCCUGAUGUACCUGCUACGUGAGAUCACGGCCGGUUUCGUCGGCAUUACAGACUGCCCCGGCAUCCUCUUCAUCCCGGAGCUCAUGGAACUGUACCCGGAAGCAAAAGUUGUCCUUGUCACGAGAGACCCCGAGAAGUGGUGGAAGAGCAUCGAGCCCGUGGCAAAGAAUGUCUCCUUCUGGUGGCUCAAGCCGCUCCUCUUUCCCCUGCCUGGCCUCCGCUGGGUGCCCGAGCUCAUGGAGGGCAUGGUUCUCAAAAACCGGACGUUGUACGGCAUGGACAUGAAGCCGGGGGUUGAUCUUCUCAAAAGCCACAACGCCCACGUCAGAAAGGUCGUCCCGAAGGACCGUCUUCUGGAGAUGGAGAUCUCGGAUGGCUGGGAGCCGUUGUGCAAGUUCCUCGGCAAGCCGAUUCCCGACGAGCCCUUCCCCAGGUCCAACGACGCCGCCGCGACGGAGCAACGCUUCAAGGAGGCCGUGCUCAACGCCCUCGUCAUCUGGGCCGCCAUCAUCUCAUUCACCGUCAUGGGCAUGUACGUUGUUUGGUCGAUCUGGGCUUUGAGUCACGAGGAACAACCAGUUCUCGAAAUUGUCGCAUAGGAUUGCUCGCCCGCGACUGAUUCACUGUGCACACUGGCAAUCGAUGAUGCAGGGGUCCCAGCAGCAUAGACCACACGAUUGUGUCAUACCCACGGUGGAGGCGCCUGUUUCAGACACCUCAGCAUUCCUCGGCGUUUUGGGACCACACACUGCCCGCACGCUUUUAGUGCGCAUACAUUUUGCUUUUUCUUUUGUGCGAGAGAGCGAUAAAGGAUAGGGCAUCUUCUCUUCUGUGUCGGAGUCUAGCGAGCAUCAGCGACUCAUUUAUCUAGCAUAUCUUUUUAUGGUCUUCGAAAACGAUCGUUUGAUGGAUUAAUAGGAAACCUAUCUUAUCUGCGUGCAGAUAUAAGGGGGACAGGGGGCUAGUGGACCACAUUUUCAUGGUUUACAAUGUAAAGCAAGAAACAAAAUAACAAGAUUCCCCAUU